AUGGGGUGGGGAAUUCCAGAACAAGGGUGGACGAAAGGUCCUUGGACUCCUGCAGAGGAUAAAUUGCUUAGUGACUAUGCCAACUUGUACGGGGAGGGACGAUGGACCAGUGUGGCCAAGUGUCCAGAUUGCAUUCAUAUUGGACUGUUUUUAUUUGUCUUAUCAGGUUUGAAUAGGAGUGGCAAGAGCUGCAGGCUAAGGUGGGUGAAUUAUCUCAAGCCUGGGCUCAAAAGAGGCCAAUUAACACCCAUAGAGGCUGGCAUUGUUAUUGAAUUGCAUGCUCUCUGGGGUAACAGGUGGUCAACCAUUGCAAGAUACCUGCCUGGGAGAACGGACAAUGAGAUAAAAAACUACCUGAGAACCCAUUUCAAGAAGAAAGACAGAUCCCCUGAGAAGAAAGAAAAGGGUACUAAAGCAAUAAUCCCAAAACAAAAACAACCACCACAGACGCAGGAGCAGUUGCCACAAGAGAAUGACAUGAUCAAAAGGGCGAUAUCCUGUGGAAACAGUACUCCAAGUGAUCAUCAUGAUCAGCAGAUUACGACCGAAUCACAGGGAGGAAAAGAGAUGUUUUUCAUGCACCACCCCACUAAUUUGGAGGAUCAAUGCUUGCCUGUGACGUGUCAGGAUGUGGCACCAUGGUUGGAUACAAUCAGGGAAGACUUAUGUGGUGGCCCGUGGAACCUAGACAAUCAUCCCAUGGGCGGCAUGGAUAUUGAUCAUCAUGAUCAAGCUACUGCUGCAGGUUUUUCUUGUGGCCGUGUGAAUUCGAUCGAUUACUUCUACAAUGAAGACUACAUUUUCCUGGAAGGCCGAUCGUGCAUCUAACAUGACAUGAUGCAGUUUUUAUGAAGACUGAUCUUUAAGUUUUUAUUUCAUGUUUUAGUGAUUAGAAGCUGGGAGGCUUUGCCAAAACAUAGUGUACAACUGGGUUGAUUCCAUUUCAAAGUAAAGAGCCAUUUUUUUUUUCAUAACAUUCAUGUGCACUUGCAUUUGAGUUUGUUUUGAUGUUUAUGCCCAUGUUACUGAACUCUCUGUCC